AACAAGUGGUGAACAAAUUUCUGAACACGAACGCAAAGGUAAUUCUUGAAGAGAUUAAACCAGCGAUCCUGAGGCAAAUGCUAACGUUCGGUGAAGAUUUUAUGAACAACAUCUUGAAGCGUAUUCCAGUCGAUGCCGUCAUCCAGAAUUAGCAUCCGCGUCAAUCCGUCUAACGUCAAUCCGUCUCGCGAUUACUAUUUGUAAGUUGAAGGGAAGAAAAGUUGGAUUAGCCAUGUGAUUGAUUAAAGACCAAGUGGGAUUGAUUGAUGGAUGUGAAUGAUGAUUUUGGGGGUUUGAUAAAUAACCUGUAGAUUAAUCCUCUCAUCCGUGCAUUUUCUGACGGCUGUAGACGUUAAUUUUAUACGUAUCUUUAUUAUUUAGACGCGUACGACAUCAUUUAGGGGGAAAAGAUUACAGAUUCUGUAGUUUUUUAUGUAGUGUUAUGUAGUAUUGGAACUGUAUCCAGAAAAUACCUGUUGAUGAGUAUUCUCUUGUGUUACUGAGUGGACAAUAUCUUCUUUAAAAAUCUGUAGGGAACUGUAUUUUGUAGUGACUGUAGGGAACUGUUUUUUGUAGUGACUGUAGGGAACUGUUUUUUGUAGUGAUUGUAGGGAACUGUAUUUUAUAUUGACUGUAGGGAACUGUAUUUUAUAUUGACUGUAGGGAACUGUAUUUUGUAGUGACUGUAGGGAACUGUAUUUUAUAGUGACUGUAGGGAACUGUAUUUUGUAGUGAUUGCAGGGAACUGUAUUUUGUAGUGACUGUAGGGAACUAUUUUGUAGUGACUGUAGGGAACUG